GCGUGGCGGUCGGGCGGCGUACGUGAUGUUCCGGGUCCGUUGGUUACAGCAGCUUUCUUUUCCCUAUUAUCUCCACUUUUGUCCCACGUCACUGCUAUAAGAGUGGGCUGCAGCCCAGCAGUGGGCUUCAGUGGGUUUCUCUGCCUGAAGUCAUGCCUCUGACGAAGCCUCUGCUGCUGCUGCUGCUGCUGCUCACAGCUUGCCUGGCAGGUGGCGCCCUGCCGCCCAAAGCCAUGUGGCACUUUGGGACGAUGAUCGUGUGCGCCCAGCCGGGCGUCAACCCACUGAUGUACAACAACUACGGCUGCUGGUGUGGCUUCGGUGGACAGGGGACUCCUCAGGACGACUUAGACAAGUGCUGUAAACUCCACGACCACUGCUACGAAGCCAGCAGGAAGAUACCCGGGUGCUCGGGGGUCGCCGACCUUCCUUACGUCAUCGAUUAUGACUUUACCUGCUCCAACCGGCAGGUGGCGUGUUCAGCGACCAACGACCAGUGCCAGGCUGCUGUGUGCGAGUGCGACUGUGUGGCGGCUCACUGCGUCGCCCGGAACACGUACAACCUGGAGAACAAGAACCUGGACCCAGACGUCCACUGCGGUCAAUGGCCGUCCCUGUACUGACCAAUAAACCAGUUUGAAUCUCAAACAUUUGUCGCAAUACAUCAAUACAUCUAUAAUGUCCAUCUUCUUCCGUAACCAAAGUUGAAGGUACCGUUUAUGUUGCUGCUAACGCCUGGUUUGAGAAAGUCAUACUCAAAUACGUACAC